AUGGAUUAUGAAAAUGAAAAUUUGAAUUUUUUAAAUUUAAAACUUAAUCAAAAAGAAAAUUCUAUAAAUAUUUCUUAUACUGAAGGAAAAGUUAUUGCUAAUGGAAUUUUAAUUGCUGAUCUUGAAUUUCAAUAUUCUAUAUACACAUGGUAUGUUCCUAUUUUGUUUGUCAUUUUAGGAAUUGCAUGUAUUGGAAAUAUUUUUAUAAUAUCAAGUUAUACUUUUAUAAAAAAACCAUUAUCUAUAUAUUUGAAACUUUGUAUCUCUUUGGCUAUAUCUGAUUUGUGGGCUGCUAUUUUAAUUGCAAUUGGUUUAUAUGUUAAUAGUUACCUUCCAAGUGUAAAAGGACAAUCUUUAUCAUCUUUAUGCUUUAAUUUGAUAUUAGAAAUUUUUAGAAUUUCUGGAAUGUUUACUUCUGUUCUUCAUCUUUUAGCAUUAGCAUUUGGACAAUUUCUUGUAACUCUUCGACCAAUUCAAUUUCAUUGUUAUGCAACUUCAAGAAGAAUUAACAUAACAAUUGGCAUUAUGUAUAUUUUUCCUCUUUUUAUUGUAGCAUUUAUUUUUUAUAUUUUUACAAAUAAUGAUCCAUCUAGACGAUGUUUUCAUAACUCAUAUUCACAAUUCCCAUUAAGGAUUUCUAUUUUUUGUCUUUUUAGUAUUCCAUUAAUAAUUACCUUUGCUCUUUAUGGUGUUAUUUUGUAUUUGUUAUUAAAUAAACGUGAACGUGAUUUACAACGUCAUGGAGGAUCAAUAGCAAAUCGAAAUAGGGAAAAUAAAAUAAAAAGCAAACUUAAUAUUGUUAAAACAACUAUGAUUAUCCUUACAACAUUUACAUUCUCAUGGGGUAUUUGUGUAUUGUAUUUUUUUUUAGUCUGUAAAAAAGGUUGUCCUAUUAUAUAUUUGGUUUCAAUAGAUUUUUAUACAGCUUUUGUUUGCAACACUUUUGUUAAUACAAUGGUCGUUUUGAAACUAGCUUUAAAUCCUUUAAUAUAUGCUUUUCGUAUUGAAAAAAUUAGAAAUGGUAUUAAAGAAAUUUUCAAUAGAAUUGUACGAAAAUUUUUUUUAAAUAUUGGAAUAUAUUUUUGUCCAUAUACCUUUACAAAUAUAUCAUUAAAAAAUAUUAAAUGUUUUGAUAAAAGAAAAACUAAAGUAAUAAAUAUAAAUAGUAAUGAAAAAUAUAAAAAAAAUAAUAAAGUAUUAGAUAAUCAAUCAAAUAAAAUAAAUACUAUAAAAAUUGGUAAUAAAAAUUUUGGAAAUUCUUUAACAAAAUUAAGUAAGAAAACUAAAUACUUAAUGAAACAAAAAAAGAAUAAUAAUUCAAAUGAAGUUAUAAUUCAUACAGAUAUGAAUGAUUUUUAUGCUAUUUACACUGUUUCUAAAAAUACUAAAAUGCCAAUGAUACAAAACUUAAUGAUUGAUAAUUAA